CAAAUAUCUCUCUCUCACUUCGCUUUCCCUCCUCUCUACUCUCUACUUUUCCCCCAAUCUCUCUCCUCCGUCUCCGACCAAAAUGCGCGAGAUUCUUCACAUCCAAGGCGGCCAAUGCGGCAACCAGAUCGGAGCCAAGUUCUGGGAGGUGGUCUGCGCCGAGCACGGGAUCGACUCCACCGGCCGCUACCAUGGCGACUCCGAUCUCCAGCUCGAGCGCGUCAACGUCUACUACAACGAGGCUAGCUGCGGCCGCUUCGUCCCCCGCGCCGUCCUCAUGGAUCUCGAGCCUGGCACCAUGGACUCCGUCCGCUCCGGCCCCUACGGCCAGAUCUUCCGCCCUGACAACUUCGUCUUCGGCCAGUCCGGCGCCGGCAACAACUGGGCCAAGGGACACUACACUGAGGGCGCUGAGCUCAUCGACUCUGUUCUCGAUGUCGUCCGCAAAGAGGCCGAGAACUGCGAUUGUCUCCAAGGGUUUCAAGUAUGUCAUUCUCUGGGAGGAGGAACCGGGUCGGGUAUGGGGACACUGUUGAUAUCAAAGAUAAGGGAGGAAUACCCUGACCGGAUGAUGCUGACUUUCUCGGUGUUUCCAUCGCCCAAGGUGUCCGACACGGUGGUGGAGCCUUACAACGCGACGCUCUCAGUGCAUCAGCUGGUUGAAAAUGCGGAUGAGUGUAUGGUGUUGGAUAAUGAGGCUUUGUAUGAUAUUUGCUUCCGCACUCUCAAGCUCACCACUCCCAGCUUUGGAGAUUUGAAUCACUUGAUCUCGGCCACCAUGAGUGGUGUCACUUGCUGCCUUCGCUUCCCUGGUCAGCUCAACUCAGAUCUGCGCAAGCUGGCAGUGAAUCUCAUUCCUUUCCCUCGGCUCCACUUCUUUAUGGUUGGCUUUGCUCCCCUUACAUCUCGUGGUUCACAGCAGUACCGGGCCCUCACUGUCCCAGAGCUCACCCAACAAAUGUGGGAUGCGAAAAACAUGAUGUGUGCUGCUGAUCCUCGUCACGGCAGGUAUCUCACUGCAUCCGCAGUCUUCCGUGGCAAGAUGAGCACCAAGGAGGUUGAUGAGCAGAUGAUCAACGUUCAGAACAAGAACUCAUCAUACUUUGUUGAGUGGAUCCCGAACAAUGUGAAAUCCACUGUAUGUGACAUCCCACCAAUCGGUCUGAAGAUGGCCUCAACAUUCAUUGGUAACUCCACAUCCAUCCAGGAGAUGUUCAGGAGGGUUAGCGAGCAGUUCACUGCCAUGUUCCGCAGGAAGGCUUUCUUGCACUGGUACACAGGAGAGGGAAUGGAUGAAAUGGAGUUCACAGAAGCCGAAAGCAAUAUGAAUGACUUGGUGGCAGAGUACCAGCAGUACCAGGAUGCUACUGCAGACGAAGAAUACGAAGAUGAAGAGUACCAGGACGAGGAGGAGGCCUAAGCAUGCAAUCAUCUCAAUCUGGUUUCCUUGGAAAACAGCAGUUGUGUUGUUGUAUGUUAAUGAAUUCUAGUGUUUGAUGUUGCAUCAUCCAUGCUUAUGGAUGAGCUUUUUGUUGUUGUCCAGACAUGUUAGCUUUUAUAAUCUUUGGAGAUGGUACUGUGUUGUAGACUUGUAGUAUUGCUACAUUGUGUUAAGUGAUUUGUUCUCUCUA